GUGUCAGUGCAAAAAAAAUUGCAAAAAAAAAAAAAAUAAUAAAUACUAUUAAUUCACGUUUAAUAAUUAUAAUUAUUAUAAUUUGAAAAAUGGAUUUUCUUCUUCAACAGCAUCAAGCUAAACAUAUUUUUCGUAUUCCUGAUGGACUUCGAGAACUUUGCACUGAUAUUUCAAGAGAGGUCCUUCGGGAACAACCAAAAAAUAUUUAUUCUUUCAUUGCUGAUUAUUUAGAGGCACUUCUAAUCACAAGAGAAAAUGCUAAAGUUGCAUUGACAAUAGUUCGAAAUAUAAUGGCUGACAGUGAAUCGAUAAUUGCAGUUUUAAAAAAAACAGGAUUAUCUUUUGAACAAAUAGCAUUGGCAGCUCCUCGACUUCAAAAAAGUUUUCGUGAUUAUUUGGAUGCUUCGGAUAUAAAUGCAAACGAAAAAGAAUCAGAAAAUUAUAUAGAUGAAAAACCGGAAAAACAGAGUCAUAUCUCUAUAGGAAAAAUACUUAAAGAAAUUGGAGCAAAUUUUGAUGAUGCAAAUAGAGCCGCUACUUUAAUUCAAACAGCUUUUCGAGGACAUUAUAAACGAAUGAAUGAAAAUGAAAAAAAUGGAGAAAUUCAAUGGCAAAGAGCAGUUAUGAAUACGAUGAAAAUUUUGAAAAAAGCCGGAAUUAGUCAAAAUGAAGCAACAAAAACUGCAAAUUUAAUUAAAUCAGCAUAUCAAGGAUAUUAUACGAGAAGAAAUAUUAAAUUAAAAAUGAAAGAGAAAGAGAAGAAAAAAAGACAAAGUUUGCCGGAACCUAAAAAAACAAUUCAAGCCGUUGCUUGGCUCGAUAUGAUAUUCCAAGAUUCUGGAAUUAAAUUCAAUCAAGCCAAUGAAGCCGCUUUUAUAAUUCAGAAAGCCUUUCGAAAAUAUCGUGAGAAAAAAAUUAUUUCGAAAAAUUCAAUUUCCAUUUCAUCAAAAUCCUUAAUUGUUGGUUCAAUUUUAAAUUGCUUAAAUCAAAGAAUUUUCGACAAUAUUUUAGAUCGUAAUGAAUUAUCUGAUGAAUUUGAAACACGUGAUGAAUUAUCGAAAUCAUUGGAAAAAAUACAAAUUGUUCAUAAAUCAAUGUGGAAAAAAUCGCAAUAUUCUGAAGAAAAUUUCUACGAAAUGGAGGAGAAAGAUGAAAAUGAGAUGAAUUUUACAGAGUGAAAAAAUUCGAAAACAAAUCAAAAUAUUAUCAAAGAAAAUAAUAAUAAUAAUAUUAAUUAUGCGAAAAUGAAAAAUGAGACAAAUAUAAAAGAAAAUUAAAUGGAAAUAAUUAAUUUAGAAGAGAAAAAUGAUGAAAACCACAAAAUUAAAAAACGAACUUUA